CUAGUUUAAAAAAAUAUACUUUUUUCUGAAGUUGUACUGCUUACCAAAGUUCUGCCGGACUGGACUAGACUAUGAGUGGAGUGAGAAACCCCUGUACCACCGCACCGGAAAAAACCCUCAUGGACAACGCCACCUCCACCUCCGGCUUAGGGUUUCGUCUACUAUCUCGACAACGAGGUCGUCAAUGGUUAUCAACCAUCAGGAAAAACACCCCCAAUUUCUCUGCUUCUCUUUCUCCAUCCCCACAAACCCCAAAUGGAAAUGAGGGGGUUUCUACUCCCCAAUCUAAACUCAUCAACCCCACAACUCUUGAUUCACCAACAAAACAAGACCACACUCUGGUGAUCGUGUCCCAACCCACCAGUAAUGAUAACACCGUUGCUCAUGCUGCUGAUCAUGUUCAUACCCACUCAGUAGAAAAUGCCUAUAAACAGCAACAACAAGAAAUCAAAGUGACUGAGCAAUUUAAUGAAGAUGCAAAGGCUAAUAGGGACAAGGCUACCGGCUGUGAUGAUGAUGAUCAUCAAAAUGACAAGAUGAUGAUAAUGGAUGAUGUAAAGUCCCAUUCCACCAAUGAUGAAAACAACCAUCAAGAAGAAGCUAAUACCCUUAAUGUUCCUGUUAACGAUCAUACCCACCAAGUGCAAAACGACGAUGAACCGCAACAAAAGGGGAAGGAUCAUGAUGACAAUGAUCACAUUCAAGAACACCAAGGAACCAAAGACACUCGCGAGUCAAACAUGUGCCAUCAAUGCCAGAGGAAUGACAAGGGGCGUGUCGUUCUGUGCCUGACAUGUGCUCAUAAACGAUAUUGUGUGCCAUGCAUAAACACCUGGUACCCUAACAUGACGGAAGAUAUGUUUGCCGAGCGUUGUCCUGUUUGUCGUGGCAAUUGCAACUGUAACACAUGCUUACGUGAUGCUUCUCAGGUCAACGACAAAACUCGAUUCAUAACAAAUGAUGGUCAGAAAGUUGAAUGCUCCAAGAAUAUACUACAGAUGAUUCUUCCUUUCUUGAAGCAUAUCAAUGAAGUGCACAUAAGGGAGAUGGAGAUUGAGGCUGAAACUAAAGGAUGUUCUAUAUUGGAGUUGAAGUUGAAGAAAGUAGAUUGCACACCGGAUUGUCUGGUAUACUGUGACUGCUGUAUAACAACAAUUUUAGACUUGCACAGAAGCUGCCCACAUUGCGGAUAUGACCUUUGUUUGACAUGUUGUCGGGAAUUACGUGACGGUAACUUCCAACCUCAGGGACAUGAAGAAGUAGUGACAGCUAGUGCUACAUAUCCUGGUCCAAGUUACUAUCAUGGUGAAUCACACGAUACUUUUGUUAAGAUUGAUUCUUCGGAAUCUUCACCAACGGUUAACGAAAUACCCGAAUGGAAACCUUUGAAAAACGGUAGCAUUCGUUGUCCUCCAAGAAGUUUGGGUGGUUGUGGUCUUGAAAUUCUAGAGUUGAUGCAUAUACUGCCACUUAACAGGGUUCCGUCAUUGUUGAAGAUAGCACAAGAGAUAUUAAAAAGCAAAAAUCUUAAGAUGUGUGACUCCGCCAAUGAAAAUGAUGGUGGCAACAAGCACUUAUGUAAAGCAUCUUCUCGUGAAAGCUCAAACGACAAUUACUUGUAUUGCCCGAGCGCUGUAGACAUUGAAUCCGAAGGUUUAAAGCGUUUCCAGUGUCACUGGUCGAAAGGCGAGCCUGUUAUGGUCAGUAACGUUCUUGCAAUGGGCCUUGGGCUGAGUUGGGAGCCGAUGGUAAUGUGUCGAUCUUUUCGCCAGAUUACCGAUCUCAAUCAUAGCAAUCUUCUGAACACAAAAGUUGUCAAUUGCUUGGAUUGGCAAACGGUAGAUAUUGAUUUUAGCAGUUUCUUUCAAUGGUAUACGGAGGGCCGAGAUGACGAUAAAGGGUGGCCUCAGAUCCUAAAGUUAACAGACGGGCCUCUAUCGGAGCGUCAUGCUGAUGAAUGUAUAUCAUGUUUACCCUUCAAAGAGUAUACGCAUCCUCACGAUGGCAACUUUAAUCUUGCUACAAAGCUACCUACAAAUUGUGUGAAGCCGGACGUGGGUCCCAAAACUCAUAUAUCUUAUGGUUUUGGUCAAGAGUUGGGACGUGGAGACUCUGUAACUAAACUUCACUUCAACAUGUAUGAUGUGGUGAAUGUGUUGACUCAUGCUACAACUGUGACCCUUGGUCUCGAUCAACUAGAAGAAAUAAAUAGAUUGAAAAAGAAGCACAUGGCUCAGGAUCAGAUCGAGUUUUUUGGAGAAGGUGAGAAAAUGGUUGAUAAUGUCACCACGAUGUUAGAAGGACUCGAUGUGGAAGAUGGAGGUGCUCUGUGGGACAUAUUCCGAAGAGAAGAUACUCCUAAGUUGGAGUUGUAUCUUAAAAAACAUUUCAAAGAGUUUAGGCAUGACUUCUGUCUUCCGUUACAACAGGUUAUUAAUCCUAUUCAUGACCAAACAUUUUACUUAACAACGGACCAAAAAAGGAGUCUCAAACAGGAGUUUGGAAUUGAACCAUGGACUGUGGUCCAAAAGCUCGGAGACGCGGUCUUUAUUCCGGCUGGCUGUGUCCACCAAGUUAGAUAUUUAAAGUCUUGUACAAACGUCACACUGGACUUCGUUUCUCCUGAAAGUUUUACCGAGUGCAUCCGAUUGAGAGAUCUGCAGAUUCUUCCUCGACAUCACAGGGAAAAAGAAGCCCAGUUGGAGGUCAAGGAAAUGGUACUUUUUGCAGCGGAGGAAGCCGUUAAGGACUUGCAACAUCUUCUUGAAAAUGACAAAGAACACCAAGGUUAUACAGAUCAUUCAACAAGGAAACAAAAGAAAGAUGGUAACUUGGUCAAAGAAUCAGUUGUUGUAAUCGAUCUUGAACAAGAAGGUACCAAGUACAAGACUUCCGGAUGUGAUGAUGAUGAACUGCAAGACGUUAUAAACAUUUCGGAUGAUUCAAAUGACAUACAACACCACCAAGAAAACAUUCUUGAAAGGGAGUGUGAAAAUAGGGAGUUUACAAGGAGUACUAGCACGGUAUCCGAUGACCAAUUUGACCAAGAUGCACAAAAUAAGAAAGUUCAGUUGUCUUCUCGAAAAAGAAGUCGUUCUGACCAACAAAAUAUGGAAAAGGAGUGUGAGAACGAGGGAUCUAAGAGGAGUACCAGCGAGAUUUUAACUGAACAAUUUGAUGAAGAUGAACAAAGGAAGAAUGCAGAGGGAACGAGAGAUAGCAAGUUAGAUGAAGAAUCAUGUAUACAAAAGGAUGUUGAUAAAAAUAUUAAACACCAUCGUUUGCAGGAAAAGAUGAAGAUAAUGGAUGCUGUAAUGUCUCAUUUCACCAACGAUGAAAACAAUCAUCAAGAAGAAGCUAAUACCCUCAAUGUUCCUGUUAUUGAUCACACCCACCGAGUGCAAACUGAUGAUGAUGACACGAAUCAGAUUCAAGAAAACCAAGGAACCAAAGACACUGACCAACGAGAACAUGUCAUCGAAGAGCGUGAAAACGGGGAUAAUAUUAUUCACCAAUUCAAUGAAGAUGGACAAAACAAGAAAGCUGAGCUGGCUUCCAGAAAGACACAUGAUCCAAACAGCAAGAAUGUAGAGGGAAAGAAAGUUGGUAGUGUUAAAAAGACGAAGAAACGCCAACGUGAGUCAGGGUAUGAUGUGGAGAGAAAUAAAGCAGAUAAAUUGGAACCAAAAAAGCGACCACGAUGUGCUUCCAGACGCAUGGUUAAGGAUGAAAACGGUAUUUUCUGUUAUGUCGAGUCAGUCAUGUGCCAUCAAUGCCAGAGAAAUGACAAGGGGCGUGUAGUUCGGUGCCAGACAUGUGGUGUUAAGCGAUAUUGUGUGCCUUGCAUGACCACUUGGUACCCUACCAUGACAGAAGAGAUGUUUGCUGAACGUUGUCCUGUUUGUCUCCGUAACUGCAACUGUAAACCGUGCUUACGCGAUGUCCAUCCUUCGCUCAAGAAGAAAGUUGAUUUCGGAUCAAACGUAGAUCAGCGGUUUCAAGGUUCCAAGAUUAUUCUAGAGACGCUUCUUCCUUUCUUAAAGUGUGUCAACAAAGAACACAUAACGGAGAUGGAGAUCGAGGCUAAAAUUAAAGGAUGUUCUAUAUCAGAGGUGAAAUUGAAGAAACCAGUUGACAAAUGGGAUCAUAUAUACUGUGACUGCUGUAAAACAACAAUAUUAGAUUUGCACAGAAGGUGUCCACGUUGUGAGUUUGACCUCUGUCUGGCAUGUUGUCGGGAAUUACGCGAUGGUCAACUUCAAGGAUGUAAAAAAGAAGUCAUUUUAAAUUUUGACAAUCCCGGUGAACGAUACUUGCACGGUGAAGGAACAAAUAUUGCCGUUAAAAGUUAUACUCGAAAUCCGGAACCAAAAGUUAAGAAAAUAGCCGAAUGGAAACCUUUAAAAAACGGUAGCAUUCGUUGUCCUCCAAGAGAUAUGGGUGGUUGUAGUCGUGGAAUCUUGGACUUGAUUCACGUAUGGUCACUUGACGAGGUUUCGACAUUGUUGGAGAACGCGCAAGAGUUGUUAAAAAGCGAAAAAGUCUUGGAACGUGUGCCAAUGAUGUGUAAUUCCACCGAUGAAAACGAUGGUGGCAACAAGCACCUAUGUAAAGCAUCUUCUCGUGAAAACUCAAACGACAAUUAUCUGUAUUGCCCGAGUGCUGUAGAUAUUGAAUCUGAAGGUUUAAAGCGUUUUCAGUGUCACUGGUCGAAAGGCGAGCCUGUUAUGGUCAGUAAUGUUCUUGCAAUGGGCCUUGGGCUGAGCUGGGAGCCCAUGGUUAUGUGGCGAUCUUUUCGGCAGAUUUCAAAUAUAAAUCAUGACAAGGUUCUGAAUGCGAAAGCCAUCAAUUGUUUGGAUUGGGUAAAGGUAGAUAUUAGUUUUAGCAAUUUCUUUAAAUGGUAUAGAGAGGGCCGGUAUGAUGAUAAAGGGUGGCCGGAGAUCCUAAAGCUAACUGACUACCCUCCAUCAGAGCGUCAUGCUAUUGAAUUUAUAUCAUGUUUACCCUUCAAAGAAUAUACACAUCCUCGAGAUGGGAACUUAAAUCUUUACGCUACAAAGCUGUCUAAGCCACCAAGUUUUAUUUAUGGUCAAAAAGACGUAAUGUCGGAGUUGGGUCCCAAAACACAUAUAUCUUAUGGUUUUAUUCAAGAGUUGGGACGUGGAGACUCUGUAACUAAACUUCGGUUCAACAUGUCUGAUGUGGUGAAUGUGUUGACUCAUACUGCAACUGUGACCCUUGAUCCUGAUCAACUGAAACACAUAAAUAGAUUGAAAAGGAAGCACAUGGCUCAGGAUCGGUUGGAAUUUUUUGGAGAAAGUGGGAAGGUGGCGGCACUUGACGAUGUCAUCAUUACAGAUUCAGAAGGACUCGAUGUGGCAGAUGGAGGUGCUCUGUGGGACAUAUUCCGAAGGGAAGAUACUCCUAAAUUGGAGUUGUAUCUUAAACAACAUUUUAAAGAGUUUAGGCAUGUGUACUGUCUUCCAUUACAGCAGGUUAUUCAUCCUAUUCAUGACCAAACAUUUUACUUAACCAUGGACCACAAAAAGCGGCUCAAGGAGGAGUUUGGAAUUGAACCAUGGACAUUUGUUCAGAAGCUUGGAGACGCGGUCUUUAUACCUGCCGGUUGUGCCCAUCAAGUUAGAAAUUUGAAGUCAUGUACAAACGUCACACUGGAUUUCAUUUCUCCUGAAAGUUUUACCGAGUGCAUCAGAUUGAAUGAAGAUACGCGUCUUCUUCCCCAAAAUCAUAGGGCAAAAGAAGACAAGUUGGAGGUCAAGAAAAGGGCACUUUAUGCAGUGGAGAAAGCCGUGAGGGAUUUGCAACGUCUUCUUGAAGAUGACAACGAAGAACACAAAGGUUUUGCAGAUCAUUCAAGAAGGAAAAAACCCGGCAAGGUAGUUGCUAAACUGUCGCGUUUCCGAAGAAACAAGAAAGAACAACGGUGAUCAUGGAUGCUGUAAACACGCUUCAAGAAAACGUUCUUGACAAGGAGUGUGGAACUAGGAGGCCUACAAGGAGUACUAGAAAAAGAAGUCGUUGGCCAUGAUCCAAGCAGCAAAAAUGAAAUACCUUGACACGCAUAUGAUGAUGACGGAUGUUGUGAUGUUUUUUCAGCCGACGAUAACAAGCUUUGAGAAGCCAUACAUGGUACGCAUAGUGCCCAAAAUGUUCCUUUCAAUGAUCAUACACCGUUGGGAAAUGACGCUAUCUUGUACAUCUUUUUUGAGCAUCCGGAAGUGUUCAAACUGAAAUGCUCACCUUGAACUUGUUUGUAAAUAGUGUGUUCAAAACCGAAUGCUUUAAAGUGAAAUGAAAUGUGCACAUAAGUUGGUGAAAAGACGCAUUUUAA